UUAUUUUCUACUUCGUCCUUCUUCUUUCUUUCCCCAUCUUCCUUCCCUAACGUUUCGCCUCACCUUAAACUUUUUUAUCAAUGGAGUUGCUUUGACCCCAAGCUCUGCAACACUGGCAUUUUCUCUGUAAUUCUCAAAUGCUUCUGCAAAUUUUUACAGCCAAAUCUCUAACCAGAAAAAACGUUUUGUAUUCUCCACAAGCAAACCUUUUAACCAGAAAUUUUUUUUAAACUCUUUCAAUUUUUUCUACGUAUUUCACACAGUCAAAAACCUUUGCGUAGUUUCUUGUUUUCUUCACUUGAAGAUUCUUUUGCAGACCCAGAAACCUCUCAUUCCAUUCUCCGCAAUUGCUUUGAAAGUUAAUGUCAUUAGUUUGAUUCCUCCUGUCUCUGUAUUUGAGUCUUUUCAGCCACACCAGAGUUGGAGGCCUAGGUUUUCUUUCCCUUUGUUUGUUCUUUUUUCCGCUUUCUGUGGACCUUGUUUUGGGCUUUUCUGAAGGAACCCUAGUGCCACUCUUUCUCGUCUGACUUUUGCGCAUUUGUUUACUUGUUUUCCUUUAUAAUCGUCACUUGUUUGGUUGCUGGUUUUCCUGAAAUACCAUUGUUUGUCUACCUUCUUUCUCGUUUUCACAUGUAUAAACUCAUGUAAGGUUUUGAUGACAUGAAUUCCGUGAAGCGUGUCCUAAAUACUUGGGGCUUUUUUUCCCUAAAUGGGUUUGAACAUUAAUGAGAGUGUUUUUAGGGUUUCAUUGUCAUCUGAGUUAGCUCAAAGUAUCAAAAUAGUCUAUCGCUUGGAUUGGAGAUUUGCGGCUGAUAUGAUAUAAAGGAAGACCUCGAAUUAUCUGGGUUUCGUUAACUUCACUAUGCCUGAGAACGGUCACAGUUUCGUGGCGUGGGAAGAGCACAUUCUAUGCCAUGAGCGUGGUAAUCGUGUUGUUCAUUAUUACAUGAAGGCGGAGUCAGGGGAUUUGAUUCUCGCUGUUAUAGGGACUGAGAGGAGUAUAAGGCACAUGAUGUAUGUUGUCUCGGACGAGUUUGUAGAGGCUUAUGGGUCCAAAGGGUCCGUCAAUGCCAGCACCAAGUGGCGAGCCAGAAGAGAAGUUGUAGAGUGGCUUACAUCCUUGGUCUCCAGGCAGCUUCCAGCAGAGUUCACAAAUUCACCCCCGAAUGACUCAACACUGGCCCCGUUGGCUCAUCGAACUGUCUUGUCUAAUCAGAUGAUUUUGAGAAAAUUCAAAGUUCAAUAUUCAGAAAUCAAAUGGUCAGGCAAUGCUUGGAUCUGUGCCAAACAGCUCAAGCACUACCCAGCUUUUUCCAGGAAUGGAAAUACUAUAGCAGUCCAUUCCUUUGUAUUUAUAAUGGCUUCAGACUACCCUCACUACCUUGGUUACUUGGAAGAUAUGUAUGAAGAUAGGAAAGGGCAGAAAAAGGUAAAGGUACGGUGGUUUCACCAUUAUCAGGAAGUCAAGGAUUUAAUCCCCCACUUAAAUCCACAUCCUAGAGAAGUCUUCAUCACACCUCAUGUCCAAGUGAUCAGUGCAGAGUGUGUUGAUGGUCCUGCAACUGUUUUGACACCUAAGCAUUAUGAGAAAUGUGUAGAUAUUGUCACACAGGAUUUACUAUCUGGACUUCGAAUGUGCUUUAGACAGUUGAAAAACCAAAUUCUUAGACCUUUUGCUCUUGCUAAAUUACACGGGUACUCUAAUCAAGCAAUUCUUUCCUCCCUAGAUAUCGAUACUGUUCCCAAGAAGAAAAUCAAGUUCUCUAAGUUGUGUGGUGGAGAUCAGGAUGAAUUUCCCCAUGAUGAUCAUGUGAGGGUUGGUUCCAAGAGGAGUAGAAAUUACAAACCUGAGCAAGGACUGGAAAAUGGUACUCUUGGUUCUAAAAGUUCUGGUCCCAGGAAUCAGACAACAAACUGUGAACCAAAAUACCCAAAGUUGAAAUUUAGGUUGAAGAAGCCAACAGGUGUGAAAACUGUUGGAUUUGAAGUUCAGCCUCCUACAUCCUUUUCGGUUGAUGAGAGAAUAGAGGUGCUCUGUCAAGAUAGUGGCUUACGAGGCUGCUGGUUCCAGUGUAAGAUAUUGCAGAUAUCUCAGAAACUUCUGAAAGUUCAGUAUGAUGAUGUUAAGGAUGCAGAUGGCAUAGGCAAAUUAGAGGAGUGGGUACAUGCAUAUAGAGUGGCUUCUCUUGAUAAACUGGGUAUGAGAUGUAGAGGGCGCUUGACAAUUCGACCGUGCCCUCCCAAGGAUUCAACAGAGAUUAUGUUUGAAGUUGGAACACCAGUGGAUGCAUGUUGGAGUGAUGGUUGGUGGGAAGGUGUUGUUACUGGAGUUGACGUUUUUGGACCCAAUACGGUGCAAGUUUUUCUUCCUGGUGAAGGGAAGCUUUUGACUAUCCAGAAAAAGAAGAUUAGGGCUUCCAAAGAUUGGGAUGGAUGCAGUUGGGUUAGUAUAAAGCCAAGGCCUGACAUACUCUUAUGUAUACCUGAAAAUAUCUGUCCCAGUAUUACUACAAAGGUCUCAAAGGGUACAACAGAGUUAUCUGGGUCUGAAAUUCAUUGCAUUCCUAAGCAUGAAGCUUUUGACGGUCCAGAUGGAAAAGGAUUGCAUGACUUAACCGAGUCUGUUGAGCUUGUAAAAAGUUUCGCCGAUUCCAAUUCAAUAAGUUGUCCUUUGGGAAAUGAUAAGAUUGAUACUAAUCAUUUUAGUGCUAAUAACCAUGCUGAUUUUGGGAAUGAAGGUGAAUCAGGUUUGGGGAAAGUUCUUUGUCAUCCUAUUUUUGAGAAAAGUGAAGCAGGUGUAGCAGAAAAUAUGGAAGUGGUCUCUUCUUAGUCUUAGUUGGUGCUGGCUGAAGAUCUUAGAAAAGGCAGGGUUCGUUGUUUUUGUAGAUAGACUUGAAAUGUGGGCAUGGGAAAAUGCAAGAUAAUGUUCUAAUUUCCUAACAUCAAAAGAAUUUGGCUGUGGUGUACAGGAAUUGAUGUAUGUGGUAAGUGUGUUGGGGUAGAAAGAAAGGUGUAGUCAUAGUUAAUUCAGGGGCGAUGGUAGUAUUAUUAGUUGUAGCUCAUUGCUAUUUGAGUGAAGUGAGAAUAUGUUUAUAUGCACGUUAUUAUAGUAUUUUCUUUGCUGAGUAAAAUAGUUCUAUACUUAGACGGCUUUUUGGGUUUAAUUGUAAAGCUUUAGGAGUUUUGUUUGGGUUAAUAAAACUAGAGUGUUUCAUAUUUUAUUAGCUAUAUAAAGAUAUAGCUGUUUGCUUCCUAUAUUA